CUCAGAUAACCAACCACUGCCAAACAUUUCACCACUCCACAAUUAACCUUCUUCAACAAUUAAUCUCCUGGUUGGUCAUCCAACCUCCAUUACUUCUCAAGCUGCAAAAUAUUCCCCAAUUCAAAAUCCUCCUCCAUGAUCACUAUCUUUCCACUGCACCGCUUUCUGCAGAAACUUAACUGAAAAAGCUCAAAAAGGAGAAAAAGAAACAAUGGCAGCUAAUUGUUUUCAUUCACCAAGCAACAUUGUUGUGGAUGAUUCACCGAUCUUCUUCUCAACCUCAUCAACCUCACCUGAGGAGGAAUCUACCACAACCAGUCUUUCCUCUUCUUCCUACCAUUCCCCACCACCCCUCCAUUCCAAAACCUCUUACAAACUCACUGUAACAAAUCUUUCCUACACUCUUCACUUAAAAAGCUCUCCUUUUUAUCAUUUGGUACAAAAGCCUAAACCCUUUAGCAUUCUCAAAUCUGUAUCUUUUGUGGCAAAAAGUUCUGAAAUUCUUGCUGUUGUUGGACCAAGUGGAACUGGGAAAUCUACUCUUCUCCGGAUAAUCUCAGGGAGGGUAAAAGAAAACCAUUUUGACCCUAAGUCAAUCUCAAUCAAUGAUCGUUUGGUUACCUGUCCUGCUCAGUUGAGGAAGCUAUGUGGAUUCGUUGCUCAAGAAGAUAAUCUGCUUCCUCUUCUCACUGUAAAAGAGACUCUGUUGUUUAGUGCCAAGUUUAGGCUCAGAGAAAUGAGCUCCAAAUACAGAGAAGCAAGAGUGGACAUCUUAAUGCAAGAGCUUGGUCUUGUCCAUGUUGCAGAGAGUUUUGUUGGGGAUGAAGAGAGGAGAGGGAUAUCAGGUGGAGAGAGGAAAAGGGUAUCCAUUGGAGUUGAUAUGAUUCAUGACCCACCCGUUUUGCUCCUGGAUGAGCCAACUUCGGGCCUAGAUAGCACUUCAGCUCUCCAAGUGAUUGAGUUGCUUUCUUCCAUGGCUCAAUCAAAGCAAAGAACUGUAGUUCUAUCAAUUCACCAACCCAGUUACAGAAUUCUCCAAUACGUUUCCAAUUUCUUGAUCCUCUCUGGAGGUUCUGUUGUACAUAAUGGUAGCCUUGAAUCGUUGGAGGAGAAAAUUCACAAACUGGGAAUGCAAAUCCCAAUGCGAAUAAACGCUCUGGAAUUUGCCAUGGAAAUAGUAAGGACUCUGGAAGAUUCAUAUUCCAAAACCCAUCAAAAAUCCAACAUAGAAGUUAAUAGGGAACAUUAUUCAUUUACCGUGUGGGCAUCAGAAGAAGAUCAAAGUGGCAAAAUUCAACAGCAUAACACCAACACCCACGAAAAGGGUGUUCUCUCUUUUUCAAAUCUAUUUGAGAUUAUGUUUCUCUGCGCAAGGUUUUGGAAGAUAAUUUACAGAACAAAACAGCUAUUCUUAGCGAGAACCAUGCAAGCCAUUGUUGGGGGAUUUGGGUUGGGAAGCGUAUACAUAAAAGUGAGAAAAGACGACGGAGGAGUUGCAGAAAGAUUAGGCCUAUUUGCAUUCAGUCUCAGUUUCCUUCUCUCUUCUACAGUGGAAGCACUACCUAUAUACCUUCAAGAGCGUCGCGUUCUGAUGAAGGAAGCCUCAAGAGGAGCAUACAGAGUUUCCUCGUACAUGAUCGCCAACACCAUUGUUUUCCUUCCAUUCUUGUUCGUAGUGGCUAUUCUUUUUGCUGUUCCAGUCUACUGGCUUGUCGGACUCAACCCCUCCAUAGCUGCGUUCACUUUCUUUACAUUCGUUGUCUGGCUCAUCGUUUUAAUGGCAAGCUCUCUGGUUCUGUUCCUGAGUGCAGUCUCUCCGGAUUUCAUAUCAGGGAAUUCUCUGAUCUGCACCGUUCUUGGAGCUUUCUUUCUCUUCUCCGGAUACUUUAUCCCAAAAGAAAACAUACCCAGAUACUGGAUUUUCAUGUACUAUGUUUCACUUUAUAGAUACCCAUUGGAUUGUUUGCUCACGAACGAAUAUUGGAGCUUGAGGAGUGAGUGCUUUUCUUGGACUGGUUCAAGGUGUUUGCUAACUGGGAAUGAUAUAUUGAAAAGCAGAGGAUUGGAAAACGAUCCAAGGUGGAUCAAUGUGGGAAUCAUGUUUGGGUUUUUUGUGUUGUAUCGUGUGCUUUGUUGGAUCAUUCUUUCUCGAAGAGUUUCAAGAACAACAAUUUGAUUUUUUAUUUUUUAUUUCUUUUUUUAAGUGUUUACUAUUAUAGAAGAAACAUUAUUAUUGUAAUUAAGAGAUCUAUAUAUAUAUAUAGGAAUUUUAUG